CUCCACCACAUUCAGUUCACACUAAAUCAUCUUGAUGUAAUCAAGUAAAUCACGUUGAUCGCAUGAAUUUAUUUAUGACUGGGAUAAGGAUCACAAUAAUGCAUAACAUCUUUAUCAUUUCUACAAAUAAUGAUAAAUAGAAGUAAACUGAGGGUAGGACGAUAAUGCCAAUGUGUUUAAGUGGUUUUAAAUAAUUAAUAAAUAAGUGUGAAAAUUAAAAAGUGUGUCCAUCACGACCUCGUGCUUUUCGGUACACUGAAGCCUCGGUACAUUUCCGAUGUGGCAGCAGCAUCGUAGGGGGUAAGAGGUACCUGAGAUUAUCCAGGAGAGAAACCGCACCCUCGUGAGUGAGUUGGAGCCAAGCAGAGGAGAAGAGCGCUAGCUGUCCGAGCAAUAGGACGUGUGUUUUCUUGGUGCUUCAAUCAAAGUGCUGAUGAUGAAGAUGGGUAUUAAAUCAGACCGUUGAUCCCCACAGACAUCAAAGCUUUCUUCAGGACACCCACAAGGAAAAUAAACCAGCAAGUAAAAUGUACGUGAAAAAGGCAACUGACGUGUUUUGUCACCUUGUCCUCACCCUGGACUUAUUCGGUUCAAGAGAACUGCUUCAGUUUAGCGAAAGAUGUAACGUAGAUGAUAGCCGUUAAAUUUACGUUUUCGUUCAGUGUGUCCGUGUGUUUUUUUUUCUUUUUUUUUAACUUCAUUUAUUUGUUAUAUUUCAUUAUAUUUUACAUAUAUAUGUACAUCUUGAUAUCAUUAUUUUUAUAUAUUUGUGUGUGCAUUCCCAAUUGUCCUACGCUUUUAUGUGCACUUCCUCUGCCAUCGAAAUAAUUCAUCGAAUAAUGAUUGUAUAUAUAGACGUAACAAUACCGUCUAUAUUUAAACAUAGAAAAAUUUUAUCAUCUCCAUUUUAUCAAGUAGUCAUUCAAUGAGUAAAAAAAAAAAAAUUAAGUAAGUGCAAUGAGGAUCUACCGAAAACAACGACGACGUCCAGGGCGUCGUAGAAAUAUCCUUCAAUCUACCAUCAACUUAAGGAGAACCUUAUCUUAACCUUUUAAUCUCAAAAUACGGAGAAGAGAUGCCUGUCACUGUUGGAUGUGGAUUUAUCAUUAGAAAAAAAGAAAAAAUUUAAUCCUCUAACUAAAGAGAUGAGUCAUUUAUGAAAUUUAUCCUAGGGUUUUCAUACAGCUCCGAGGUACAUUCUGUUGCAUACGCUGAAGGGGAAAACAUCUCUAGGGAUAAAGAGAAAAAAGAGAGAAAAUAGUGAAGAGAUUUAAUAGUAUAAAAGAGUAAAGAAACAAGCAGCGAGUAUGCAAUGCGCGGUUAACGGAGGGAAACACGCGUUGUCGUGUCAACGCAACAUGCAUUACCGUGCAUCUGCAAGCGAUACAGCAUCAACAAAAGCACCAGCAGCCACUCGACUACUUUAUCAUCAACGGUGUUGGAGUUUGCCAUGUCCAAUAGGAGAACUGUGCCACUGAAGAAUUCAAUGGUUGUAAGAACGAGGACAAGAUUCGUGGGAUGUAGUUGACGUUGCUCAUCCCCUUGGAGAGAACGCGAGUGAGCGUUGAAGGAAUCGAGAGGGUGGCCGAGGGUGAAAGACGAAGAGAAGAAGAAAGGAAGGGUGGAUUUAGGCACUUUUGGAAUUUCAAGGGGUCGCGAAUGUGUUUUGUGCAACCCCCAAGGUAUUUGUCGUGUUCUCUUGAGGCUAACGAGGGUGAAAAGACGAUAAAACGUCUAAAGUACGAUAGCUAGGAGAGCUAAAAGAGACAGAGAUCGAGUGGUGAGCGUUUAUAAGUGACGAAAUGAACGUAACUAAGGAGGUGCCAAUAAGUCAAAAUUACUGCAAUGGUUCUGAAAGCAGCGAAGUAACACAGUAUAAAAUUUGGGAAACGGUUCUGAUAACAAUAGUGGCGUUUGCUUUGAGUGUUAUAACCGUCAUUGGUAAUAUUAUGGUCAUGGUAUCCUUCAAGAUUGAUAAACAACUCCAGACUAUAUCAAACUACUUUUUAUUCAGUCUGGCGAUUGCUGAUUUUGCCAUUGGCCUUAUUUCCAUGCCACUUUUCACCAUUUACACGUUGCUUGGCUACUGGCCACUUGGUGCACACGUUUGUGAUACCUGGCUCGCCCUCGAUUACCUUGCCAGCAAUGCCUCGGUCCUCAAUCUUCUUAUCAUCAGUUUUGAUCGAUAUUUCUCGGUCACUAGACCUCUCACCUAUCGUGCUAUGAGGACACCGCGCAAGGCAGCUGCUAUGAUCGGUGGUGCAUGGGGAGUAUCUCUUCUCUUGUGGCCACCCUGGAUUUAUGCAUGGCCUUAUCUAGAGGGAAAAAGGACUGUGCCAGACAAUGAGUGCUACAUACAAUUCAUUGAGACCAAUCAUUAUAUCACCUUCGGUACAGCAAUUGCAGCUUUUUAUGUUCCUGUUACUGUCAUGAUUUUCCUCUACUGGCGGAUAUGGAGAGAAACGGAAAAACGGAAAAAAGACUUGACUCAUCUUCAAGAGGGAGGAAAACAAGAUGCUAGUAAGAGAAGUAAUUCUAGUGAUGAGGCGUUAGAUAUGGAGGGAUGUAAACGAGGCAGAAGUGAGUCUAGUACAGGAGCUGAUGAAAUUAAUUCUUCUAAUCUUCCUAUGUCUGUCCUGGAAAAACAUUAUCCAGAUUACAACAGUAAACAUAGACCAUUUUCGUGGACGUCUUUCAAAAAGUGGUGUAUAGCAUGGUGGCAUAGUGGACGUGAAGAAGAUGACGAAGAUGAUGAAAUAGGUGGGACAGAAGUCAGCAGUAGGACGGUUCAUCCUGAAUAUGAGGAAACGCUCACACCAAUAUCCGUUGAAACACCGUUUACGAGUAUUGUAUCUCAGUAUCCUUCGCUCAGUGGUAUGCAGUGUACUGAUAGGCAAACCCUCGAUGGAGUUUCUGGAAGUAUUCCGACUAUUGCAGGGGAACAUCACGACUACAAAAAAUCUCAAACAUCCAGCAGUCAAAUCAGUAAAAAUGUCUCUGGUGAUCCGAUUUAUAGAAUUGUCAUAAAACUGCCAACGACUGAGGCAGACGUAAUGCCAAGUAUAACAAUGUAUGAAGAACUCAUGUCAUUUCAAGUUCCACAAACAAGUAGUACUGAGGUUGGUGAAGAUGGUGAAAGCAGAAUAAGUCGCCGUGUUGAUUCGCUUUCCAGUCAAACCAAUACAAUGAUUCGUCGUCCAUCGCAGAUGCCGGAUGUCAGGUUGCCUCUCAACACGAAAAAUAUAACAAAAGGUAUCGUUUCAUCAACUGGAAAAGGUGCACUGAACAAACCACAGAAUAAGAAGAAGAAACGUACGCAAGAUAAAAAAGCAGCAAAAACAUUGUCAGCUAUUCUCGCGGCAUUUGUAAUCACCUGGACACCGUACAAUAUUCUUGUACUGCUCAAACCCCUAACCAAAGCCUGUGUCGUGCAAAUACCGCAGGAGCUUUGGUCUUUUUUUUAUUAUCUCUGUUAUAUCAACAGUACGGUCAAUCCAGUUUGUUAUGCGCUGUGUAAUGCCACAUUCAGGCGAACCUACGUUAGAAUUCUCAAGUGCAAAUGGCAUAAUAGAAACAGAAGUGCCGGGAGAGGAUAUUGUCCAUAGAAAGCAAGUGUAUUCAUUGGUUUUAGUUAUCUCUUUUGACUCUUUCUCGUAUUCAAAUGAAAAAAGAAAGAGGACACUUGGAAUUAUGUAUUAUUGUCUAGGACAAUCGUUGAAAACUCUUAAAUAUUAUAUGUAUAUAUAAAUAAAAUACAGUCAUGGUCAAAAUUAUCCGAAUGAUUUAAAUGAAUCCAUGUCACAAAUCAAUUCAUCACUUGAACACACAAAUGGAAAGUGUAGAAUAGUCGAUAAAGUAUAAUCUCUUGAAUGCAUUCAUUGAUUUUUAUAUUGAAUAUUGAUUUUUUAU